AUGUUUGAACCACUCCAACCUGAUACUCCUGCAUUGUUUCAAAUAUUGAGAGAAUUGAUACCCAAUAGUGAUCAGAAGCGAGAUACGGCAUCAUUUUUACUGGAGGUGAUUCAAUAUGUACAAUUUCUGCAGGAAAAGUUGCAAAAAUAUGAAGGUUCAUAUCAGUCUUGGAGUUCAGAGCCCACAAAGCUCAUGCCAUGGAGAAACAGUCAUUGGCGAGCUCAAAGUUUUGUUGAUCACCCUUUAGUCAUGAAGAAUGGUGCUGGUCCUGUUUCAGCGAUUCCUGGCAGGGCAAUAGAACUACAAAAUGCACUAGGAAACAAAGCAACUGGCAUACCUGUCCCUCUGCAGACAAGCAUGCAUAUUUCUGUCCUAAAUGAUGGCGCCUUCUCCCAUACAUUACCUAGGCGAGCUUCUGAUGCACAGUCAACUGAGUGUCCUACCACUACAGACACUCCGAAUCCUCAGGAGGAUCUGACAGUUGAAGGGGGCACAAUUAACAUUUCAAGUGUCUACUCCCAAGAGUUAUUGAAUUCAUUGACACAAGCACUUCAGAGCUCAGGUGUGGAUCUAUCCCAAGCCAGCAUAUCAGUGCAAAUCAAUCUUGGGAAACAGGCAAAUCCUGAACCAGCAUCGGGCAUAUCAAUCGCCAAGGAUCACGAAACUUCUACUCCUACACCCAGGCUUUUUCAAGAUGUGAGCAACAACGAAGACUUGGAUCAAGCUCGCAAAAGGUUGAAGAUCUGA